UUUUAUGCACAUCUGUGGUUGGAUCGUGCGGAAGCGUUCGGUUUUCAUCGAUGGUAGAGUAGAUAACCGUGGUUCCGCUGCUCGAUAAUCGCGUUUCACGCGACACAGCCGCUGCGCGCUAGCAUUCGCGCCUCGGACGCGAACGCGACGGGACGUCCGGAACAAUACUUAUCUACGUUUUGGGUACACGAUCGGUAAGAAGUGACGUUGGUCAGUCCUAACCUCGAAAAUGUUAUCGCGACGCACUAUAUUAUCCGUUCCAUCAUUAGCUCUUAACAGCGUACAUAUCUCACGGCCGUAUCUCGUUGGUUCCACAUCCCAUCUGUUCGGACCUUAUCGCUCUCUAUGCACUUGUCGUGUGCGCUCCUCUCGUAUCCGUGUCCUUCACUCAUCGAUCAUCUUUUUCAGCGCUCUUGUUGAGAACUCGAGCUGUUUGUUAUCGCUAGUCGAGUUCUAAACACCACUACUCAUGUAAUUCAACAUCGGAUUGCUCAAGCGCGCGGACCAGCGUUUCGUUAAAGUCUAUGUUAACUUCUCCCGAAUUUCCUUCUGGUUCCGGACUCGAGUUGUCACCAGUGAUCAGAUCGCGCUGCGCGUGAAUGGUACAUUCCGUAAAAUAUAUACUUAAUACUCCCUAUACACACGUAUCGCGUCACUCAUAAGGAUUCUCAUCGUUCUUCGAUAAAUCAUGGGAAAAGUAAAAAAUAAGAAGUGUAAGAAUAUUAAUAUUGUUGAGGUAACAAUAAUAGAUAAUGAUGAUGAUUCACCUCCUCCAAAUAAUCAAUUAAAUAACAUGAAUACUGUUGGUUGCAACACAGUUAAUCCAAGUUCUGAAAUUCAAGAAAUAAUAGAUAUUACUGAUGAAUAUGAUUGUGUAUUGAAUCAAGCAUCAUCUUCUGAAACAAAAAGUUUAAACAUUGAAAAUGAUUACACUAUAGAUAUUACUAAAAACUUUGAACAAAGAAAUAAUACGAUAUUAAGUCAAACCAUUUGUGGUCAUAAAAAUCCAAUUGAACUUAUCAUUUUGGAUAGUGAUGAUGAAGAAAACACACAAGAAAAACAGUCUGUUAAAAAUUCUAAUAAUCACAAUUCUAUAAAAGAAUCUUGUGGGGUUUCUGAUUAUUCAAAAAAGGCUAUACAAAAACACCGCAAUAAAAAUGUAUGCUACCAUAAACAAUUAUUAAAUGUUGUGAAUGCACCAUUUAACUUUAAUGAACUUAGUGUGAAUCAUCAAAAUAACUUGCAACAUUCAAAGAACAACGAACAUAUUAAAAUUAUGAAUGUUCCUUCAAAACCUCCUCAACCAUCUACUAAUUUUCCAUGUACAACAUUGAUGAAGACUACUAGACAGUUACGACCAAUCUAUAUUGAUGGUUUAAAUAUUGGACAUGCUUAUGGCCAUGGAACUUUUUCAGCAAAAGGCAUUGAAUUAUGUAUAGAAUAUUUUGCUGCUAGAGGGCAUACUGAUAUUUUAGUAUUUAUUCCGCAACAUCGACAGGGACCACCUGGUUCUUUAUCAAAAUUUGUCUUAAGCAAGUUAUUUAAAAAAGGGCAUAUUUGUUAUACACCGAGCAGAAAAAUCAACGAUCGAAGGAUGACUUGUUAUGAUGAUCGAAUUAUUCUAAACCAGGCUGUUAAAUUCGGAGCAGUCGUUGUUUCAAAUGAUAACUUUAGAGAUUUAUAUUCAGAAAAUAUAGCAUUUAGAGAAAUUAUUGAAACCAGGCAUGUAAUGGUCACAUUUGCCAGAGAUGAAAUUAUUGUUCCUGAUGAUCAAUAUAAUGGAGGACCGUGUACUCUUAAUCUUUCAGACAUUUUAUGUUUUCCUGCUUAAAUUUAGAUCUAUUAUAAAAAGAUAAUUUCACAUAAAAAGAUUUAUAAUUAAAUACUUUGUAUAUUAUGAAUUAAAAAAUAUAAAU